AUGCAUGAUCUCAUUAGCGACUUGGCUCGAUUUGUUUCUGGAAAAGUUUGUGUUCAUUUGAAGGAUGAUAAGAUAAAUGAAAUUCCUGAAAAGCUUCGUCACUCAUCAUAUUUUAGAGGCGAAUAUGACUCCUUUGAGAGAUUUGACACCCUUAGUGAAGUUCAUUGUCUUCGGACCUUCUUGCCAUUGGAUUUGAGGACUCGGCCUCGGUUUGACAAGGUUUCAAAGUCAAGAAAUCCAGUUAAUCGUAGGCGUAGCAGAGUGAAAGAGAUGCCAAGUCAAAUGGGUCAAUUAAAAAUUUUACAAAAAUUGAGUAACUAUAGAGUAGGCAAGCAAAGCGGAACGAGGGUUGGAGAGUUGAGGGAGCUUUCCCACAUUGGUGGGAGUCUUGUCAUUCAAGAGCUGCAGAAUGUGGUUGAUGCUAAGGAUGCCUCAGAGGCCAAUUUGGUAGGCAAGCAGCAUCUGGAUGAGUUAGAGCUGGAAUGGAAUCGUGAUAGUGAUGUUGAACAAAAUGGAGCAUACAUAGUCCUCAACAACUUACAACCUCAUUCAAAUUUAAAGAGACUCACUAUUUAUGGAUAUGGUGGUUCAAAAUUUCCAGACUGGUUAGGAGGUCCUUCAAUUCUGAAUAUGGUGUCGCUGCGUCUCUGGAAUUGUAAGAAUGUGUCAACCUUCCCACCGCUUGGGCAGCUACUCUCCCUUAAACAUUUAUAUAUAUUGGGGUUGGGGGAGAUAGAAAGAGUGGGCGCUGAGUUUUAUGGGACUGAGCCCUCCUUUGUAUCCUUAAAAGCUCUAUCAUUUCAGGAUAUGCCAGUAUGGAAGGAAUGGUUGUGUUUGGGAGGCCAAGGUGGAGAAUUCCCUUGUCUCAAGGAGCUUUAUAUAAAGAAUUGUCCCAAGCUAACUGGGGACUUACCAAACCAUCUGCCUUUAUUGACGAAACUAGAGAUUGAAGAAUGUGAGCAGCUUGUGGCUCCACUUCCAAGGGUUCCAGCCAUCCGUGUAUUGACGACGCGCAGCUGUGACAUCUCACAGUGGAAGGAACUGCCACCACUAUUGCGGAGUCUCUCAAUUACAAAUUCCGACUCUGCGGAGUCUCUACUGGAGGAGGGAAUGUUGCAAAGCAACGCUUGUCUUGAAGAUUUGAGGAUCAUAAAAUGUUCUUUUUCCAGACCCUUGUGCAGAAUUUGUUUACCCAUUGAAUUGAAAUCAUUGCAUAUCGUAGAGUGUAAGAAACUAGAGUUUCUCCUACCUGAGUUCUUCAAAUGUCACCACCCUUCCCUUGCCCAUUUGUUUAUCAUAAGAAGUACUUGCAAUUCUCUCUCAUUCAAUAUCCCACUCGGCAAGUUCCCAAGGUUGGCUAUUAUUCAAAUCGGUCGUCUCGAGGGGCUUGAAUCCCUCUCCAUUUCAAUUUCAGGCGGGGAUCUUACAACUUUUGAUUUGUUGAACAUCGGAAGGUGCCCUAAUCUUGUGUCUAUUGAAUUGCCAGCUCUCAACAUCUCACGAUAUUCAAUCUUCUAUUGCGAGAAUCUCAAGUGGCUGCUGCACAACGCUGCAUGCUUUCAAUCAUUAACAUUACAAGAUUGUCCGGAAUUGAUAUUCCCAAUACAGGGUCUUCCCUCCGAUCUAACUUCACUAUCAAUUGAAAACUGCGACAAACUCACAUCCCAGGUGGAGUGGGGUCUGCAAGGACUGCCCUCUCUUACCUCUCUCACAAUCUCAGGUCUUCCAAAUCUCAUGUCCCUGGACGGUAUGGGGCUUCAACUGCUCACCUCUCUUCGAAAAUUACAGAUCUGUGACGGCCCCAAGCUCCAAUCUUUGACAGAAGAGCGGCUACCCAGCUCCCUUUCUUUUCUAACAAUCCGCGACUGUCCAUUGCUGAAAGAUCGGUGCAAGUUUUGGACAGGGGAAGAUUGGCAUCUUAUAGCUCACAUUCCACACAUUGUGAUCGAUGACCAAAGUCAAGACUCUCUUUCUAGAAGUAGCAGAGAUUUUUUGCAUCCAAACUACAGAAAGCUCGAUUCUGUUGGAGAGUGGGAUACUUGGAGAAGAGAGAAGGCAAACCAUAUUCAAUGUCAUAGCACUGCAGAGUAUGGUUUUGUUCCUCCCAAGUUCAGAUGGUGGCAUUUUGAAUCUUUGGAGCAGUUCCUGGAGGGAGCUUUGCCAAAGCCUCCCUAUGCAAUAUAUGGGCCUUUGGGUCCAAGUGAGAUUUGA